UUGUUGUUGGUUUCUUUUCACAUACCCACGUCGUCAGAGACGCAACAAGGAAACAAAAGUAAAAGCAACUUUGCUAGCGGUACCGCUUUAAGGCGUCAGGGGCAGCUCAUUGACUCCAGCAGGCGGAAAGAGGAGUCAGCAGACCCUCACUGCCUCCAGCUCGGCGUGAUUGGGGGCAGCUGCCGCACAGUAACAUUUCCAGGAAGGAAAGAGCAGUUCAGAUCGGGUUAUUAAAUCCUCGAGGACUUGAAUAUGACCCAAUACGAGGAAGUACACGUCCGCGGUUUUGCCGAGUUCACCCGGGCGGUGUCGGCGCGGACGGGCAAAGACGUGUUCGCCUACUUCUCGGGCGACAAAGACGACAAGGGAGUGAGCUGGUGCCCAGACUGCGUGAAAGGUAAUGCGGCAGUGUGCACAGCAGCGCCCUGGGGCUGGAAGGACCCCAACAACGAGUUCAGGAAGGUGCUGAAGCUGAGCGGCGUGCCCACACUGCUGAGAUACGGCACGCCUCAGAAGCUGGUGGAGGAGGAGUGCUUCAAGGCUGACCUGGUGCGCAUGAUGUUUACAGAGGAUUAGAUCCCACUCUGGCCACCCAGCUGUCCCUGUGUCCAUGGCGCCUUAAACGAGACGGUGAUCCCCCCCCCACUGCCCAGCUGUACAGAGAUCCAGCCCCCAUCCGGAGGGCCUCCUGCAAAGGCUCUCUGCUCCUUCCCCCUGCUCCCCUGCUGUUUGUUUUGUGUAGGUGAUCAGUGCCACCACAGCAGAAGAGAAGCCCCAGGUGACCAAGGAUGAUCUAACACAGGGGUGACUGGCCCUGCUCCCGGAGACGAACGAGUCCAGCACGUUUCAUGGGUCCCCCUUAAAAAAACACUUGGAAGAAUUAAUCUGGACCACUUCAGCAGUUUAUUGGUUCAGAUCUCAUUUGAAAAUGCCAAUACAUUGCAAUUAGCAAGAGGCACUGGGCAUUCCUAACUUAAGGGAACCAAUUAACUGACUAAAUUGAUUAAACCAUCUACAGAUUUCAGGGUGACCUUUAAGGCCUGCUGGACCAUGGCUCUCUGGGAGCAGGGUUGGCCACCUAUGAUCUUAUACGUUCAGAGUACUGAACAAUUGGUUUCUUCUACUGGGUUAAUUCAUUAUUAAAACAAUGUUAAGGGAGUGCUGUUGUCAUUUGGACGUUGACCUGCUCUUGGAACAAAGAUUUCACUAUUCCUACCCUCUCUUUCACAAUUCACUCGUAAUCCUCCACAGGGCUCUGGUAGCAGCUCUUCGGACCCCCUGUGCCGGGCUGAGUACUGCCCCUCCUGGCGUAGGGGUCAGGUAAUUCAGGGUGACCAGACACCUGCCUUGUAUCAAAAGAAACUUCAACAUAAGAAAUGAAUGUGCAUAGUGGCCUGCCCAACUGGUACUUCUGCAAAAGCAUUAAAAAUCCAAAUAAAAUAGCAUUUUUGGUCAGUGAA